GAUUACUUUGGGGGGAAAUAUUUUAUUAUGACACAGUAUUACAUGCAGUUACAGUGGCUACUAACAAACAAACAAAUAAAAUCACCACAGAAAACAUUAACAAGUGUGUCGCCGAGUCAUUGAAUAUAAGAUACAGUUUUAUGGGAUCUCAUUUCAUCACAGUGUAUUUUGUGUAAAAUAUAAAUACAUUAUUUGUUAUGAAUUUAGUAGAAAUAUAAAUAACAGUUCAUUUUUUUAACUAUUAUACAAAUAUAUCUUGUGGUUUAUUUAUGGUAUGAAGAGAGUCUUGAAAUAUAAACAUUUUGUACAUGAAAGAGUGAACACAUGGAUAACUCCUCUUUGAAAGUAGUAGGAGUAGUAGUAGUAGUGGUAGUAGUAGUAGUAAUAGAAAGCACAUUGUAUUGUUUUGUAUAGUUCUCAAGACAAUUUCAUGAUUUAGUUUUUCUGCUCUGGUUUGUAUGUUUUUUCGUCUGGAAUCACAGCUUGCCAUGCAUCACCAGCUGCCAGAGCCCACAGCCAAUCCAUGCUGGCAGCAAGGACUCACACAGGGGCUCAGCCCAAGUGGCACCGUGCAUGAGGAGGCAGAGUCAGGGCCACAGGAGGAAUUCCACAAGCACUUAUACAGGCUGUUUGGACGAGAGGCUGCUGAAUAUUUCCUGACCCCCCCUCUGAGGACAGCAGCAAGCCCUUGGGUUCAGAGAGUACUGGAGGAGAUGGGAGAUCAGGUGAGUGCAGAGGCGCUGUGGACGGUUCUUCGAGAGCAGUCCAAACUCCAACUGAUGAAGAUGGACAAUGAGUGGACAAUGAACACCCAGGGUCAAACUGGGAACAAGAGGGCCUGGAAUAAACAGAGAAUGCAACAAUGCCAGCAAGUUAACAUGAUGUAUAGAACCUCUCAGCUAUACCAGGACAGGACCAGCCUCCUCCUCGCCAAUAAAUCCUUCCCAGACCUGAAUGACUCUGAUGGGCAGGAGGGACCCUGGAGAUACCUGCUGCCGGAGCUGGCGGAGGUAUUUCAACACAUGAAACAUAAGAGAUCAUCACUCGACACGUCACCUGGGAGCAUCCCUGCAAGAAUGGAAUCUAACACAGAGCUACUCAGCUUUUUGAAAAACAAGAAGCAGGGCAAUACUGAGGCCCAACAAAAAGUGUGGGAAGGCAUUGCAGUAGGAACAAUAACACACCCUCGCCUGCAGAGGGCAGUGGACUUUCAGCAUGGAGUAAAAGCUGCCCAUCUCUCUAUGCCCGCCACAGGUAAAGCAAGCAAGCUAUUGAAGGAGAAUUAGCUGGCACCACAGAGACUGGACGGAGUUGCCAGAACAUGAUCUAACUGCAGAAGAGACUGAAACAUUUGAACACUAGAAUCUUACUAUGCUUGACUGACACCCAGUAGACUGUGGGCCAUGGCAUAACUGUGAAAUUCUGAAUUAUUUAUCCAUGUUAUGUUCACUUUUAAGUUAAAUAUUGCACUUACAGUAUAUAGACAUUAUAUUAUUCUUAACUCCUGAAAUAUCAAAACAGAAGGCAUUUCGAUUCUCAACUGCAAUUUAGUUAUAGAAGUUAAAACAUUAUUAGAAAACUAUUCAGUACCAUCUGCCAGUCAGCCUCCAGCUGUAGUGGGCUUCCGGAUAAACUAUAAGCAACUCCGACAUGUAAAACUUUAUUUGUUUAACAGAGUUAUUCAUUUGUUUUCUGUUAUUAUGUACAAUAUGUGAUCCUUUAUGAGCAUUUUAAGGACUGUUUUCCAGAAACUUUUAUAAGGUUUUAUAUACAUUCUAAAUAUUUCUCUGUGUCUUUUAAAAGGUAAAUAAUGAGAGAUUUUUGAAAGUCUGUUUGUGUUGAAAUGUUUGGGGUUCCAGCUAAGAAUACACACAUCUUCCUCUGCUUUCUUCAGCUUUGACUAUAUACAUUUGCACCCUGUUCAAAUAAACGUAAAGUUCGUAAGCUUUGAAUUAAAAGUGUAUUAAAAUCUCAGACAAGGCUUGCAUAUAGCUAGCUUCAAUCAGCAUGAAUUCAGCACAUGCUCUGGAAUGUAUCACAGUUCAUACAAUGAGGUCUUGUGUGUAAAAGGGGGUAGAUGGCUGGUUGAAUUAUAUGACACUCAGCUCUUAAAGUAGAUAGUGAGGAGACAUGGGGGAGAAAAGUGAAGCAAUGCAAAUGGGUUUCUUUUUGAGAGCUGAGAUAGGAGGAAAGGGGGUGGGGGUUAUGGUUUUGGGUUUAACUGUUACGUGAUUUUUCUGCAUGUAGUUGUGGUUGUAAAGCUUUGUGGUUGUAAAUCUGGUGCAUAUACAUAUUCUGUAUGUUGCUGUGACUCUGUGCUCAGAAAACUACAUCUACACUGAUGCCAGCUCAGACAUCUCGCUGAAGCCCCUACAUCUCUGAUGCCAGAGCAGUGCUCAGAAACAUCUCCUCUGACGCCAUGGCUAAGAUAAUAACAUCUCCCCUGAAGCCACUGAAGAGACUAUACUCGUUGCUGUAUUCAAAACUAUUUUGUUCUCUGCUGUUUCCACAAUAAAGACUUUGUUAAAACCUCA